CCGACUCGUGAGGCUGAGGAGCGUCGCUCGAGCAUCGCAGUCUCUUCGCGACCGCGCUCGAGAAUGGCGGGAACACACAUCCAGGUAGCCUUGGUGCUGGCGGUGGCGGCGUUCUUCGCGGUGCCGUGCCCCGCCUCCCCCGCGGCCUCUCCUCAGUUCGGGCUGGGCAGCGUGUUCGCGCCCAAGGGGACGCAGCCCCCGGCCGAAGCCUCGGCCCCCUCGGGCCCCUCGGCCCCCGCCGGCGGCUUCAACCCGUUGAGCAUCCCGAAGAAGGUGUUCGCCGCGCUGGCGCCCUGCAGGCCGGACGCAGAUGACGCCGAAAAGACGAGCGGGAGGUGCGCACCCCGCCAGCCCGCCGACCAUCACCACCACCACCACCAUGACCACACGCAGCAGCCGGCCGCACCGACCGCAGCCACCCCCGUGGCGUCUAGAGGAGCCGCCCCUGCAGCCACCCCUGCAGCCACCCCGGCAGCCACCCCUGCAGCCACCCCUGCAGCCACCCCGGCAGCCACCCCUGCAGCCGCCCCCGCAGCGACUUCCACCUCGACCGCGGCGCCCAGCACUGCAGCCCCGGCGGCCUCCGAGCGGCGCCAGCCGACGGAGCCGACCGAGCCGGCCGCCAAGCUCCCCGUGACGGACGAGUGCCUGCUGGCGUACCAGAAGCUCACCAACGGCACCGCCGAGGACGCGGACUUCGACAUCCUGACCGUGCUGCUGGACUACGGCGGCUUCCCCGGCCAGGUCAACGACAUCAAGUGGGAGAAGAACGCGACGGCGGGCCGCCCCAACCGGUGGACCUACUUCUACGGCGACACCGACUACAAGACGUACAUCCGCCUGGAGAGGGGCGCCGUCAACUCCACGCGCACGCCGACCCGCGGCACCACGCCCGAGGAGAUCGAGGGCGACAUCUACUGGUCGCCGAAGAACUUCUGCGGCAAGCUGAGGCACUCCAAGUACACGCAGGCGCCGUUGGCGGAGUCCCCGGACGGAAGGCCCCGCAUCUCCUCGGAGACUCAGCCCGAGAUAUGCAGCAUCGGCGACUCGCGCAAGGGCAAGACCCUGCGCUGCUCCGGCUUCCUAGCAGACAAGGCUCCGCUCGGCCCGGCCCUGCUCGCCACCCUCAUAGGCUGAGCCAGGCCAGCCAGGCCGAGCGGGUCCCUCUCGCCGCCACACCUCAUCAUGGACUGGACCGCAAGUGGACUGGCUCGUCGCGUCGCCCCAUCAAAGAGAGACAUGGGGCACCCCCACGACGCCACUGAUGCGCCACUGAUUACUAUAGCUGUGAAUGUUUCUCAUAUAAUAAAGACUUGGAUUUGGGGAGACUUUUGGUAGUGCCGUUAAAAGAAUUCGCACGUUCAUGGAGAGGAUUGACAUUAUUUAUUUUUUUUAGAAUAGAAUAUUUAAUUAAUAAUAAAUGUGACUUUGAGGAAAGACCGUU